AAUGUUGUUUACAAAAAUGAGUUUCCGAAGUUGCCUCUUUUUCAAACAAAUAAAUGGCUUCCUUUCAUUAGUAAUUCAAGGCAAAGACAACUAUUUUUGAAUCCAAUACAUGCCGUACAAUACCUAGAUUCAACAAAAUCAAUGAAAUACGAUAAGUAUCGCCCUUCAAUUAGUAUUGAAUAA